AUGAUGAGCGGGAAGUGUGAUGGUGCUGGUGAGGAUGAUGACGUGGUGGUGGUGGUGGACAGUGACAAUGAUGACGACGGUGGUGGCGUUGGAGACAAGAGCGGUGUGGACGGUGGCGGAGAGCUGGAGACGAAGCGGGCAAAGGCUGCUGAGACGGUCCGGACUGAACGAGUUGCUGCAGCCACCAGCAGCAGAACGGACAAGUUGGAUGUGGUGUUCAAGCUGUCACGGUUACGAGGCGUUGGAAAGGCUGGCGGGUCCCUCAAGGAAGCCAACAACCCGCUCUUUGCAACAUCCAUUGCCGAAAUCCUCUCCCAGCCAGGGCUCCUCUCGUCCGUUCAGUUUAACUAUAUGAUUGAUGUGGAUUGGCUGCUUGACCAGUAUCCUGCCGAGUAUCGGCGCUUGCCGCUCAUGAUCGUCUACGGCAACGACCAACGCGUAUCCAAGGAAACGGAGCACGACACGAGCAACGUGCGAUGGUUCCGUGCGCCGUAUCUACCAGCGUUUGGGACGCACCACACCAAGAUGAUGCUGCUGUUCUUCCACGACGGCAUGCAGGUUGUCGUGCACACGGCCAACCUCAUUUCCCGCGACUGGAACCUCAAGACGCAAGGCAUAUGGAUGUCUCCCAAACUUCCUCGCUUCUCUCCAAAGCGCGGCCGCGUUCAGGACAUUUCCUCCUAUUCGCCAACAGGCUUUGGGGCGGACCUGUGGUCGUACCUGCGCGCGUACGGCGAUGGCGUCCAGGGCGGCGUCUCCAUGCGCGCCGUUCGGGAACGCAUCGCUGCACACGACCUCACACACGUCAAGGUUGUCUUUGCUUGUCAGUAUGAGCGCGACUUGUUGCCUCUGUCCCCGGCCGCCACCGCGGGACGUACAAAGACGGCGUGGGGACAACAUGAAGCUCAAGAUCUCCUCCUCCAACAGCACGCAGCAGGGGGUGCGGAUGUGGUUGUGUGCCAGUUUUCGAGCAUCGGCAAGAUGGGCAAGAACGGCCGCACAGCGCGCGGAUGGCUCGGCGGCGAAUUCAUCACAUCGCUGCAGACACACGCUGGCAGCAGCAGCAGCAGCAGCAGCAGCAGCAGCAGCAGCAGCAGCAGCAGUGGUAGCAGCAGUGGUGGUGGUGGUCGUCGACACUCGGCAGGAAAGGGGAAGAACGAAUCACACGUGGCGGCGAAGGGCGCGUCAAAACUCCUCACGCCAUCGUCAGCAUCAUCAGCAUCAUCGUCUUCAUCAUCAUCGACAGCACGUGCAGCGGUAUCAUUCUGCUACCCGACAGUUGAGGAUGUGCGCACGAGUUACGAGGGCUACGUAGGUGGUGGCUCACUUCCACACGCCAUCAAGUAUCGGGAGGACCAUGUGUUCUUUGCAAAGGAGGCAUGCAAGUGGCGGGCGGGUUGGUGCUACCGAACACGCGCCCUGCCGCACAUCAAGACGUUCACGGCGUGGAACACCGCUGCCCGCUCCAUCGAUUGGAUGCUGCUUGGAUCCCACAACCUCUCAAAGGCGGCGUGGGGACAGCUCCAGAAACAAGAGAGCCAGCUGCACAUUCUGAGCUACGAACUGGGCGUCUUUCUAUCGCCGUCCUUGCUGGGCGCGACGCUGCGGCCGCUGGCGGAUAAGCUCCGAAGUGUGCGGCGACCGGACAAGCACGACACGCAGACAGCGUGGGCGCCCGUUCCCUAUGACUAUCCGCUCACUCCUUAUUCGACACAUGAUGAGAUGUGGUACUGGGAUGGCGUGUACAUGCAGCCAGACACACACGGACGCGUGCAGACACCAUGA